ACACAAUAAAAGAUGACGUCACGUAGAUAAACGUUGGGUAUAAUAAAACUUUAGAAAAAAAAAUCAUCCCCUAAAAUGGGGACUGUUCGGCCGCACCAGCCAGUGACCCCAGCAAACAAUCUAUACCUUGCUCGGAGAUGGGAUCAUGAGAUCUACAAUACGCAUAGAAAGAAAGUCGCUGCAGCUACGACAACGAUUGUCAAUGACCCUCCUCGUUUACAUAUGCAUCUCCACAUUAAACUCAAGAAGUUACAAUUUGAAGCUGAACGGCUCGCAACAAUAGAACGAGACAACAGAAUAUUGAUGGAGAAAAUAGCACACAUCAUGAGAUCAGGGGGCGCGGUCGACCAUAAGAAAGACGAUUAUUAUCUGAAAAGUUUAAACAAGCUAAAGAGGCAGCGAGAACUUGUGAGAAUUACACACGAAAAUCUCGCUAUUUUAAAACGUCUCGCAACAAAAGAUCCUCAUUACAACUACAAAAAAUGGAAUUUGCAAUGGCAGGUGAAUCAACAAUAUUUAAUGAAUAUUUCAAAGUUUUCACACCCCUGGCGGCAAGAACAAAGUCCCUAUCAACUUAAGGCUGAAAGACAGGAUAUGGCUAACAAGUAUAUAAGCAAAAAGGUCCAGUGCUUUAAAAACACCGUUUCUCGUAGUGUUGGUGGGACACCUCAACCAGUUAUAAAACCAAAACGCAAUGCCGUUAGCGCUUUUGAGAGGAGAGCCACGACAGAUGCAAACGCAAAGGAUAAAGCCACAACUGCAAAAACAAAAAAGGUCGAGGGCUCUAAAAACACCGGUUCUCGUAGUGUUAGUGGGACACCACAACCAGUGAUAAAACCAAAACGCAGUGUCGUUAGCGCUGCUGAGAGGAAAACCACGACAGGUUCAAACGCAAAAGAUAAAGCUACAACUGCAAAAACAAAAAAGGUCCAGUGCUCUAAAAACACCGUUUCUCGUAGUGUUGGUGGGUCACCACAACCAGUGAUAAAACCAAAACACAAUGCCGUUAGCGCUGUUGAGAGAAAAUCAUCGACAGGUGCAAACGAAAAAGAUAAAGCUACAACUGCAAAAACACCUGACGUAACUACUCCUGCUAAAAAAGAAGUAAAUCCAUCAGUCCAGGGCUCUAAAAACACCGGUUCUCGUAGUGUUGGUGGGACACCACAACCAGUAAAAAAAUCAAAACACAAUGUCGUUAGCGCUGUUGAGAGAAAAGCAUCGACAGGUGCAAAAGCAAAGGCUAAAGCUACAUCUGCAAAAACACCUGACGUCACUGCUACUGCUAAAACAAAAGAAAAUCCAACAGUCGAUAUCACAGUAACCCCUGCAGCUGAAACAGAAGUAAAUCCAACAGUCGACCCUGCAGCUGAAACAGAAGUAAAUCCAACAGUCGAUAUCACAGUAACACCUGCAGCUAAAACAGAAGUAACUCCAAUUGUUGAUGUCACAAAAACCCCUGCAGCUGAAACAGAAGUAACUCCAAGUGUUGAUGUCACAAAAACCCCUGCAGCUAAAACAGAAGUAACUCCAAGUGUUGAUGUCACAAAAACCCCUGCAGCUAAAACAGAAGUAACUCCAAGUGUUGAUGUCACAAAAACCCCUGCAGCUAAAACAGAAGUAACUCCAAUUGUUGAUGUCACAAAAACCCCUGCAGCUAAAACAGAAGUAACUCCAAGUGUUGAUGUCACAAAAACCCCUGCAGCUGAAACAGAAGUAACUCCAAUUGUUGAUGUCACAAAAACCCCUGCAGCUAAAACAGAAGUAACUCCAAGUGUUGAUGUCACAAAAACCCCUGCAGCUGAAACAGAAGUAACUCCAAGUGUUGAUGUCACAAAAACCCCUGGAGCUAAAACAGAAGUAAAUCCAACAGUCGAUAUCACAGUAACCCCUGCAGCUAAAACAAAAGUAAAUCUAACAAUCGACCCUGCAGCUGAAACAGAAGUAAAUCCAACAGUCGAUGUCACAGUAACCCCUGCAGCUGAAACAGAAGUAACUCCAAUUGUUGAUGUCACAAAAACCCCUGCAGCAGAAACAGAAGUUUCUCCAACAGUUGACUCUGCAGCUGAAACAGAAGUAAAUCCAACAGUCGACCUUGCAGCUGAAACAGAAGUAAAUCCAACAGUCGACCCUUUGAUUGAAUCAAUAGACGAUCUAUUUGUCGAUAUCGCAAUUACCUUUCAAGCUGGAGUUGAAGUAACAUCGGCACCUGACGAACCGAAGAGUAAUGUUGAUUCAUAGCACUACAGCUAAUUUCGUAUAAAUAUUUUUUUAAGUACUUUUCUUUUACAAUUAUAUUUUUAGAAACAGUAUUC